AAUAAAAAGCAUGUUAAAAUAUUGUUGCAUUUCAAGGUUUUAAGAUUCAGAUGUUUUAUUUCCAACCAGCUGCUGGUUCUGUUGGACCUUUAGUUUCUAUCUGCAGUUUUAUUGAUACAUUUGAACUGAAAACAUUAAAAGUUAAUUUAAUGUUGAUCAGAUGGUUUAAAUGUUGAUGCUUUUCUUUCCUCUCCUGUAAAGUUCAGUUUAUGAUACAUGAGGUUUUCAUUCAGGAUGUGAGGAUCCGGCCCGGUCCAGAGACCAGCGGUCUGUUGGGUCCAUUGGGUCCGUUGGAUCCGUUGGGUCUGUUGGAUCGGUUGGAUCCGUUUAACUUGUGUUUCUCCUGCAGAUCAGAUGAAGAUCUCAGCUGAUCCUGGACUCUCCGUCACUCUGAGCUGCUGGGAUCAAAUCCUCAGAAAUGAGCUGCAGUCAGAGUCUGAUCCUCUGCAGAGAUCAGACGGAUCCAGAAAACCAGACGGAGGACCGAGACGGGUUCUGGUUCUGGUUCUGACUGACUGACGAUGGAGGAACCAGGAACAGAGCCUGGUCCAAUCAGCAUCAUCCACCUGAUGGAGCUCCUCCUCCUCAGCAGAUCAGAUGAAGAUCUCAGCUGAUCCUGGACUCUCUGUCACUCUGAGCUGCUGGGAUCAAAUCCUCAGAAAUGAGCUGCAGUCAGAGUCUGAUCCUCUGCAGAGAUCAGACGGAUCCAGAAAACCAGACGGAGGACCGAGACGGGUUCUGGUUCUGGUUCUGGUUCUGACUGACGAAGGAGGAACCAGGAACAGAGCCUGGUCCAAUCAGCAUCAUCCACCUGAUGGAGCUCCUCCUCCUCAGCAGAUCAGAUGAAGAUCUCAGCUGAUCCUGGACUCUCCGUCACUCUGAGCUGCUGGGAUCAAAUCCUCAGAAAUGAGCUGCAGUCAGAGUCUGAUCCUCUGCAGAGAUCAGACGGAUCCAGAAAACCAGACGGAGGACCGAGACGGGUUCUGGUUCUGGUUCUGGUUCUGGUUCUGACUGACUGAUGAUGGAGGAACCAGGAACAGAGCCUGGUCCAAUCAGCAUCAUCCACCUGAUGGAGCUCCUCCUCCUCAGCAGGUUUGUCUGCUGCUCUGAUCCCUUGAUGUGGAGGAAGGAGGCGGGUUCAGCUCAGUAACAGCAGCUGAACUGAAGCUGAACUGAUCAGUCAGAGCUACGAUGAGACCAACAUCUCUAGCAGCUUCACUCUUUCUGGCCUCAUUGCUGAGCUCUACUGGGGUCAAAGCUGAUCUGACUGUGAGUCCCAGCAGAUCUCAGUUCUUUGAAUAUGAAUCAGUGAUUCUGAUCUGUGAGGAUGGAUGGACUGUCAGGAGAAACACAACCAAAGGAACCAGGACGCGAUGUGAAGAAGGAUGGGGGAAAUUAAAUGGUUCUACCUGUAACAUGAACUACUUGUUCGAACAUGACACUGGUCUGUACUGGUGUGAGUCCAUGUCUGGAUCCUCCAGCAGCAGCAGCAGCAUCCAGCUCUCUGUCUCUGGUGGAUCAGUGAUCCUGCAGAGUCCUGUCCUCCCUGUGAUGGAGGGAGAUGACGUCACUCUGAGCUGCAGAGCAAAGAAUCCAACCCACAACCUCCCAGCUGCUUUCUAUAAAGAUGGCUCCUUCAUUGGUGAUGAAACUACUGGCAACAAGAUUCUCAACUCAGUGAAGAAAUCUGAUGAAGGCCUCUAUAAAUGUAAUGUCAAAGGUCAUGGAGAGUCUCCAUCCAGCAGGAUCUCUGUCAAAGAGAAACCAUCAACCACAUCUUCCCCAUCAACUCCUCCUCCAUCAUCAUCCUCUUCACCUUCCUCCCAGUUUCUCCUCUCUGGUCUCUUGCCUCUAGCUGGUGUUGUUCUGGUUCUACUGGUUCUACUGGUCAAAUGUCACAUUAACAGGAAAUCUAAAGAUAAUCAGGAGGAUGGAGAGGAAAGUUUAACUUACACUGAUGUUCAAAUAUUCCAGAGGAAACAACAGAAAGACAAACCAAACGGAGGAAGCGAUCCGUCUGCAGUCGUUUCCACGGUGACGACAGAUGAAGUCAGUUAUGGGCAGAUAAUCAUCAGAGAAACCAGGAAAAGAGAUUAUAAACCAGAACCAAAAGUAGUUUAUUCCACCCUGAGGUAAUCCUCCAGGUCCAGCAGGAACCUCCAGCGGCCUAGUUAAAGCCCAGAAUGAUCGAUCGACUCCUGGUGAAUAUUUAUCUGUCUGUAGAACCAAAUGAAUGUAUUUAAUGUUUCAGUCUCAUGUUUUCAGUAAUUCACUGUUUUUAUUUGAAAUGUCUGAACCGUUAAAACCUCAAAGCCUGUUGAACCAGUUUAACCAGUUUAACCAGUUUAACCAGUUUAACCUGCGAUUCUGCAGCUUGUUGCAAACAAACAUGAUGUUCCUGCCUGCCUGUCUGUCUGUCUGCCUGUCUGUCUGUCUGUCUGUCUGUCUGUCUGUCUGUCUGUCUGUCUGUCUGUCUGUCUGUCUGUCUGCGGUUCACCAGUGGAAACUUUUAUUCACAGCAGCAGGUGAGAAAAACUGAACCAGAACCGCAGAACAAACCUGUUAAAACUAAAAAAAUCCCCCAGUGUGUGAAAGUAAAGCUGAUCCUUCAGGUUGUUUAUUGAUUUAAUAUUUAAAGAAUCUGUGAUAAACUGCAGUUAAAGUUAAAUUAAGAGUCUGUGGAUUCAGAA